GCGGCGGCGGCGCCACGUGUGGCGGCACCAGGAAGUGGCGGCGGGGCCGGGCCCAGGCUGCCGGUCCCGGCGCGCUCAGCAUGCUCCCGGGGCAGGGCCCGGUGCUGCAGUCGGUGCUGGGAACCCUCCUCACCUGGGGCCUGACGGCGGCCGGCUCGGCGCUCGUCUUCGUCUUCUCCAGCGGGCAGAGGCGGAUCCUAGAUGGGAGCCUGGGCUUUGCUGCGGGGGUCAUGCUGGCCGCUUCCUACUGGUCCCUCCUGGCCCCGGCUAUCGAGAUGGCUGAGGAGUCCGGCACCUUUGGAGCCUUUGCUUUCCUCCCCGUGGCCGUGGGCUUUGUUCUGGGAGCAGCUUUUGUGUACGGGGCCGACCUGCUCAUCCCGGUGCUGGGUUUCAGCGGACCCCCCCACGCGGCAUUUGCCUUGAGCUACGACCCACGAGCGGCGAAAGAGAAAUACGAGCACGACCCUGCCUCUCGCCUGGACUACGAGAGCGAGUUGUCCAUCCGGAUAGGUAGAGCUGGGCACCAUCCAGGUUUCCACCACGUGUGCGGCUGGUGCCGUGUCACCUCUGUCGCUCGGGGCUUCGCCAGGACACGGCUCCGGUGGCAGCAAGGUCACCGCGAGGAGUUCUGCCACAUCGCUGCUUCUUGUCCCGACAAAGGUGAAAACGGGGAGCCGUACCAGAGGAGGAAGGGCGCAGGGACCAGCCUGCCCGAUGGCCCCCCGCCGUUCCCCGUGCCCAAGGACAGCGCCCCGACGGGCGGCAGCAGCAGCAGCUGGAGGCGGAUUCUGCUGAUGAUCCUCGCUAUAACCAUCCACAACAUCCCAGAGGGUCUGGCCGUGGGAGUUGGAUUCGGGGCUGUUGGAAAAUCAGCGUCUGCCACCUUCCAAAGCGCCAGGAACCUGGCGAUUGGGAUCGGCAUCCAGAACUUCCCGGAAGGCCUUGCUGUCAGCCUGCCUUUACGCGGCGCGGGAUUUUCGACCUGGAAGGCGUUCUGGUACGGGCAGCUGAGCGGCAUGGUGGAGCCCUUGGCUGGCGUCUUCGGUGCCUUCGCCGUGGUGGUGGCAGAGCCUCUCCUCCCCUACGCCCUGGGCUUUGCGGCCGGAGCAAUGGUCUACGUGGUCAUGGACGAUAUCAUCCCCGAGGCACAGACCAGCGGCAACGGGAAGCUGGCUUCCUGGACCUCCGUGCUCGGCUUCGUGGUGAUGAUGUCCCUGGACGUCGGCCUCGGGUAGGGCAGCUCGCUGCUCCCCGCGGGAAGGCUUCUCACCAGCGGCCGUGGUGGCAUUUGGGACUGGACGCGCGUUAUCCUCUAGACUUUUUUUUUGUACAUGAUUAUUAUUUUUAUUUUUUUUUGGAUCUGGUUUGGUGUUAAUUCCCUAUGAUUUGGUCUAUCUGCUCCCCCCAACAUCACGUCGAUGGUUUUCAAAGCACAAACGCGGGUGGUUCGGUGCGGGUCCUGCUUUCCUUUCGCCACCAGAUUUUCUGUUUCCCCUAGAGGGCUGUGAGAUGCAUUGGCCGGGCUGCAGGUCCCGCUUUGCUUUUCCUUCAGUUCUGGGGUGGUUUCUCUGAGUCAGGUUGGUUUUGAUCAUCCUCGUUCUGUAGAAGGUCAGGAAUUCACUGUUGCAUGCUUAAGCUGCUCUGCAGUUACGUCCCAAGGCAUCUGAAUGAAGUAAACUCAAUUUCCACCCCUGGUUCUGGAAGGCAGGUGGAAAUUUUAGGGCUAGGAUAACACGUGCAGCACCCUGUGGGACAGCAGGUCUGAUAUAUCCCGCUGGUCCUGGGCAGUGUUUUAGGGCUUUAGUUGUUUUGACGGAUGCAAAUAGUCUAAGCAAAUAAAAAUGAAUUUUCUUGGUAUCUCUGCAAGAGGAAAAUACUGUUUUUUUCCUGAACUUAUUUCCUAAGCAGGGCUUUGUUCCAGUGCAUUGUGGCUUGUCCGAUACCCAGAGGGUUUUCUGGGAAGAAAAAAAAAAAAAAAAAAAAAAAGGAAAAAAGGAGAGAAGAAUGUUUGUGUUUUCUAGCAUGCACUCUGUGAGGAGGCAAGGUGUGGUUCCCCGUUGUCGGUGGUGUGCUCCGUGGUUGUUGUGCAGCAGGACGCAUUGCCGCGCGGGCCCACGGCUGUGGGGCAUUACUGACAACUGCUCUUUUCUGGCUGCUGUUUCAAAUCGUUGAUAGCUCCCCAGUGAUCUCCUGCAGGAGUUGGGGCAGGCUGCUCCCAGAGGUGGCCCUGGGGGCUCUUCAGCCCCCUCUGCCCAGCUCGGUGCUGAGUUAACCUCACCGAGGACCCGAGAGUGCCAGAAACUCUCGUCCUCCCGAGCAGCAUCGGGAUGCGAUAGCUCAUCAGCGGGAGUUAAUUACCCAGCCUGAAGAGCCAGAAACACGCGCUGAAUGUGUCUGCCUCUUCGUCGUCUUCCUUUGGAGCAUCUCCUGUCCCCUCCCCGUGCCAUGCCACGGAUGAACCCGUUUCACGCUCACGUGGAGGGCGAAAUGCAGGAGUGGGGCGGUGUAAAGCACGCCUCGCCCUCCACCAAGGCUGCUUCAUUUUUCAGGAAGAAGGGGUUAAUGAGAUUCUUCAGCAGGAUAACUGGAUCGCUUGGCUGCUGCUUGCGUCUCAGCCCCUCGGCGGCCGCACCUGUGGGCACAGGGGGUGCCAGCCAGCGCGGGUCCUGCUGGAAAGGCUGCACGAGGGCAGCCGGGGGAAGAGGCUCGAGUAAACUCGGUUAGAGCCAUGCAUUUUUGUUCAGUUCCUUGUUUCGGUUGGAUUUCAUUUGUACUUCAUUUGUAUGUCACUCUGGAUGAUACAAAACUACUGUUUGCCAAUGGAUUUGACCUUUUAACUGUGAUUGGUUUCAAUAAAUGGGAAAUUC